UUUAGGUGCCCCAGGUAGAUCUAGGCCUAAAAUUUAUGACUCCUGGCGUAGCACCCUCUCCCUUUUAAGAAUGAAGUUACUUCUAGAAAAAUAAAUGCAAGGUAAUUAUGCCGGGGCUCUAGAUAAGGCCUGGUGAGAAGCUGUUUGAAAACUAUAAAUGCCUGGUGACAAGAAGUAUCCUUUAAGUUGCAAACGCGCACCGUGGCGUUACCAUGGUUACUACGAAGCCUAAGCAAAGCCAUACCACCGUUCCUGCCAGAAAAGUCCCGCCCCACGACCUAAAGGCCAAUGGUGUGCCCCGUAACGCUGGUCUCCGCAGGAAGAACAGCCCCUGAGCCAAUGGAGCGCGUCGUCUCUAUAGUUCCCGCCGGAAGAACGCCUUGGCGUCUCUGCGGCUGGCGCGGUUGCUAUGACGCCCGGGACUCCAGGCACCUGCCUCUGGUUGCGGAGCGUCAGUGGAGUGGAGCGAAGCGACCCGGGACCCUCAACGCACCGUCAGAAGACAAUUUCCGGCCUGCUUUCUGAGGUUCCCGCCGCAGCCCCGAGGAGGAAAGCACCUGUUCUCCGCUCUUUUCCACCAUGCCAGGUCUUUCCCGCCUCUCUCCCCAUAUGGCUCGAAACUACAGGAGCAAAGCCUCUCCCUGGCUCGGCCUUUCUAGCCAUGGGCUUGAGUGAUUCUGUCUUAGGAUUCUUAAGUCUCUGGGACCCAAAAGCCACGGGCACUUAGAAUUAGGGUGCCGCUCUUAUUUAGAGAGGGCUUAGAACACCCCCAGUUAGGUAGGCGUUCCAUUUCUCACUUUUCAGGCAAAGAUUCUGAAGCUCGCGGCCAUUUAUUAACAAAGUCCACCGAGCCACGGCUUUCCCGGGUUGUGAACAAAGAACUGCCGUUUUCUACUUUGUUGCCCCGUGUUCGCCACGCAGAACCUUAAUUCCCGUUGGAGCUCUGGAGGCCUUUUGUAUCCUCAACAUCAGACAUCAUCAAGUCAGUUAACCUUCUGCCUUUCAAGCUACAGUCUCAUCCACUUCUCUCAUCACCCUGAGCGCCAGUUUUCUCAUCCUGCUCCUUCCAUGGCCAUUUUCACCCUUUCUUGUCCACGCUGCACCUUACUGAGUGCCCAUUCAUCUCCACCACCUCUGUCAUCUACAGACCCUCUCCUGUUUGUCUGCCAUAGUACUUUGGGUAGCUAAAUAUUUCACGUUCUUCAGCCCAGGAAUCAUUUGGAAGAUUUUCUCUGUUUCACUAUGGAAAGCUUUUUGUCUUGGGUAAACUAGAGACUAGAAGCGCACAUUGGUCAAUACAAAUAGUAAUUACUACAAGCCUAGUGUGUUUUGAAAAUGGAGAGGGAAAAAUCAAAAUGCAGUUUGGGGUCCAUCUGAGACCUAUAUAAAGAAAGAUUGUUCCUUGUUUAAGUGAAUGCUUCAUUGGGCAUAUAUUUUAGUGAUGUAUUCAUGCAUGUGACAAGAUCAUUCAGAAUGAUCAUUAACAGGAUUCCAACUCUAAGCCAUAUGAACCCAACACUUUGAUAUGAUAGAAUUUUUGGAAAGAAGAUGCUUGAAACAGUUCUUAUGGCUCUUCUUCAUGUCAGUUUCUUGAUCAGAAAACAUUCUUUGUGAUGUGAGCCAAGAAACAAAAACAAUGAGGAGGAAUGAUUGAAAAUAAAUAUUUUUGGCAAGAGGCAGACUUAAUAAUCCUAAAAAGACUGGAACAGAAGGCCUUAAAAAUAGAAUAAGAUUCAUUUAUAUCCAAUGCAUUUGUGUUUUACCUUGGAAAACUUUGUCUUAAAGUAUGUGUUCCUUAUCGAAUCUUAACCAUUUCUUUGGCAUUCAGAUUAAAAUGUAAACCUAUUUUGAAGAUAUGUAAAGUGUACAUUUUUACCAGGUAUUUUGGGGCUAGAAUGGUUUGGAUAUUUUUAUUUCUCAGGCUGAUUACAGCAGUUAUUUGUGAUAUCUCAUGCUUGAUGCCAGGUCAGAUUUCCAAAUACUGACUGAGAAAUUCAGCUUUCUCGUCAAUAAUAGAUUGGAAAAGAAAAACAAGUUCUGUAGCCUCUUCAUUUUUUUGCAUUAAAUGAGAACUGAAUAAAUUCUAACUCUUGAAAAAAAGGGCUGUUAGAUAUUGUAUUAUAAGGAGCUUUCCUUUCCCCAUCCAAUAUGUAUAUACUGAACAAAUAUCAUUAUGGCCAUGUAAACAUAAUUAAAAUUUUUUUCUCUCACCCUAGUACAGUAGUUCCAAACUUGUAGGGCAGUUUUGCCUCCCAGGAGACAUUUGGUAACAUAAAGAGACAUUUGUAGUUGUCACAACUGGAGAUAUGCUACUGGGACCUAGUUGGUAGAGGACAAGGAUGCUGCGACACAUCCCGCACAAUAAAGAAUUAGCCAGCCCAAGAUGUGAGUAGUGCCAAGGCUGAGAAACCCUGUCCUAACAUGUCAGCAGUUCCUUUUUUGUCAUGUCAGCCUUUGCUCAUGCAUGUACAUUUUUACAUAGUUAUUAGUAUAGUGUGCAUUAUGCCUUAAUUUUUUGCUUAAUUUUAUAUUUUAAGCAUUGAUACAUUGUUUUUUUACUUUAAAAUUAUUUUUCUCAUUUGAGAAUUGAAAAGGAAAAGACUGUGUAUUAUAUAUAGCCUGUAAGAUGUCUAUACAUUUUUAAAAUAUAUUUGUGUAGAAGGAAGAAAGAAGGAUUAGGGUGAAUAACCUCACUGGAUAUUUCCCUUUUUUGUGGCCAUGCUAUUUACUUUGUUCUCUGUGUCACUCAAAAGACCAAAGCUCAUCCUUUGCUCAAAGCCAAGAGAUGCGUUGUAGUAUGAAGUAUGGUCCUGGCUUCUGGAGGGCACCUGCCAUAGGAGAAAUAAGAACAAGUAGGAACGACUCUUCACCCACUCUCCUUGCUCUCUUCUCACUUAAAAUUCUGUCUCGGUUUUCUUUGGCAGCUUUAGCACCUCAUUCUUUACAUCUAGAAGUUUCUGAACGCCCCCAAACACUAUAGGAUGUGCUUAUUUUCAAAGAGUGGACUUUUAAGAUACUUAAUGAGCACUUUACUCAGUAUCUACUUUGUAGAGAAUAGUAUAUUUGCAUACUUUGUUACGUGGGCAAUUUUAGACACAGUUUAAAUGUCAGAGCAUUUAUAAUUCAAAGACUGGAUUUGUAUUACCUCAAGAUCUGAUUUUUUAGGAUUUCCCAUUUACUCAACCAUUGGGCUUCAAUAAGUCCACUGGAAAAAAUAUUAGUUCUGAGAUGUCAUAGCAGAACAGUCAAAGGUAUGCAAAUAUUCAGAGUCAUGGGAAUAUAAGCAGCAUGAUGGGGACCCAUAAGUAUACCGCAUGAGGAGCUAAUGUCAGCUGUGGCAGAAGAUAAGACUGGAGAGACAGGCAGGAGUCAUAGUGUGAAGAAUCUCUGGUGCCAAGUUAAGGGGUUUGAAAGGGAAAUUUAAGCAGCAAGUGACUUGUGUUCAGAAAGAUCAGUCUGAAAGCUCCGUGGAAUACAGAUUGGAUGGGAGCCAGCCUGGCAACAGGGAAAUCAGUUAAGGGUGCUAUUACACUAAACUGGGCAAAUAGUGAGGAGAGCCUAAAUGAAGACAGCAAUUGUAGACAUGGAGAGGAUGAAUUAGAAGAUGAUAAAAAGAGAUAAAAUCUACAAAUUCAGGGACUGGUUGUACAUGAAAGUGAUAUAAAUAAAUAAGCAGGAGGGACCAAGAAUUUCUGGCUUUGGAAACCAUGCUGAUGGUGGUUUUAUUAACUAUGGAAAACAGAAGGAGGAACAGGUGUAAGAGAAAGAAUGGAUUAUUCAAACUGAGUUGUUCUUUAGACAAUGGAUAUGCAUUGGUCUUAAAUAGUUGACUCAUUUUAUAUUGCUUUCCUAGCCUGCAUUCUCCUUCUGAAACUUGUACCUCUCCACGAAUCCUUGCUUUAUGGCAAGGAUUUGUACUACUACUUCCAGCCCAUUCCAGCCACAACUGACUGAGGAUUAUGCAGCUAAACUUCAGAGCGGGGGUCACAAAUUCAUUGGGGAGAAGUUCAAUUAGGCAUACUUCAUCAUCUUGAGAAAGAAAGAAUUGAACCUCAUGCUACUACAGGAGAACUACUCUAUUUUAUCUAGUACCUAUUCCAGCACAGUGAAGACAUGCUGAGGACUACUUCCAGAAAUCUAGAAGAACUUUCAGUGAGAAACAUGGAAAAAUUGAAACAAGUGGGAAAUGAUGCAAGCUAUGUCUGUAACUUACCAGAGGAAAGAGAAGCAUUUUCUCAUGGUUAUGAAAAGGAAAACAAACAUAGUAUCCAUGAGUUUAAAGAGCUCCAAUUCAAACAAGAAGCACAAAGAAAGGAGGUUGGAGAAAUGUUGUAUCAAGAAGACUCUGAAAUAGCUCUGAGCAGCCCCAGUGAACAGAUCGCAUACUUACUGGUGGACAGAAGUAAAAUCCUGAGUAAAUUGGAACGUGGGGACUCAAAGCCAGAGUCACAAAGAUGUAUGAGCAGUAACCUACUGAAAGAAUUUGCCCAGUCCCAUAAUGAAGACAUAGAAAAAGAUAAAACAUCACAAAACUGCAUAGAGAGAAAUGUGGAACAAAUAGCAAAGAGGUUAAGGAUGGUCCAUGAAGAGAUCCGCAGGCUCACUGAUGAACUGCAGGGGAAUGAGAAAGAACAGAGUAAACUAGAUUCUGCACUUGAAAAGGCUCAACUAGAAAUUGAUGAGCUGAAAGAAAAUCUGACAAAGUUGAAAGAAAAUGAUUCAGUUGACCUAAAGAAAGCAAAGGAACACAAUCAGAGACUGAAUGAGGAGAUUCUGGCUUUACGAACUCGGGUUCGAUCACUUGACUCAGAAAAAAAAGUGCUUGGAGAAGUGGUUGAAAGGCUUAAAGGAGAGAUUCGUGAAUCUCAAGAGAAUAAGCAACUUGGAAACCACUCCCCUUGGAAAACUGUGGGUGCUGAACAGAAAGUACAGAUAUUGAAAAUGAGCCAAGAAAAAAUUGAAAUAUUUGUAAGUGAGUUGUCAGAGGAGAGAGAACGGAGAAAGGAAUUGACAUCUAAUAAUAACACUAUACAGAAGGCUUUAAAAGCUGAAAGUGAGGAUUUGCAAAAAUCAAAGUCAGAACUUACAUAUCUUUAUAAUGAAAUUCACAGUUUUCCAGGGACAACAGAAGACCAUUUGUUGAUAGUAUAUAACCUGCUCCAAAAAGAAAAUUCUGAUUUAGAAACAAAGGUCUUGAAGCUUGCAGAAGAAUUUGAACAAUUAAAUCAUUUUACUGUAGACACAAAUAUUGCAGCUGCUAAUUUUUUUACAAGUGAAAAUAUUUAUAAAGAUCUCAUGUCUAAUUUACCAGUUUUGGAAGUAGAGGUUCAAAGCCCAAAGGAAGAGAGAGAGGAACUCUGUUCUGGACUAGGAGAAAGUAAGCUGAAAGAAACUCCAGAGGAGUCAGUAGAGGGCACUUUUCCAAGAAAGAGGCAGAAAGAGGAGGACUUACAACAGAACCAAGAUAUGAAAAGGGAAGAACAGCAAUUGACCUGGAAGCCUGAGGAAGCUGUGAGGCUUAAGGAAGAGAAUCUAUCAUCUAAAGAAAAACUGAAAUACCAGCAGCAGCAAGAAGAAGUACAACAACUUCGCCAGAAUUUGCACCGGCUCCAGAUUCUCUGCAGCUCAGCUGAAAAAGAGCUCCGAUAUGAGCGGGGAAGGAACUUGGACCUAAAGCAACAUAAUAGCUUACUUCAGGAAGAAAGCAUUAAGCUCAAAAUUGAACUCAGGCAGGCCCAGCAGAAGUUAUCGGACAGCGCAAGGCUGUGCUCUCCACCCCCAGCAGAGUGGAAGCACUGUCAGCAGAAAAUCAAGGAGCUGGAGCUGGAAGUACUGACACAGGCUGAGAGCAUUAAAUCACAGAACACCCUGAAAGAAAAGCUGGCUCAGGAGAAAUCCAAAGUUGCUGAUGCAGAGGAAAAGAUUUUGGAUCUACAGCAGAAAUUAAAACAGGCUCAUAAAGUCUGUCUCACAGAUGCUUGUAUUUUGGGAAAGAAGCAACUAGAAGAAAGGAUAAAAGAAGAACAACAAGAGAGGAAACUCCUAGAUCAAAAUAUAAAUGAGCUACAACAAAAAGUGAAAAUCUUACUAGAUAAAGAGAAUAUACUAGAAAUGACCAGUUCUCAGCAACAACACAGAAUUCAGCAACAAGAGGCCCAACUUAAACAACUGGAAAAUGAAAAAAGAAAAUCUGAUGAGUAUCUCAAGAGCUACCAGGAAUUGUCAGAGAAGGUGUCUGGGUUGCAGCAAGAAAAGGAAGCUCUAUAUAAAGAAUAUGGGAAAUUUUUGAAGCAGCUUGAUGUCCAUGUGAGAAACUAUAAUAAAAAAUAUUAUCAUCACAAAACCAAGCUUCAUAGAGUCAAGAGUCGUUUCGUUCACGAAGUAGAGCUUCGAGAUGAGAGAAUUAAACUACUUGAAAAUGACAUUGGAAUACUGCGGCAAAAAUUAGAAAAGGAGAAGGCAUUCCAGGACCAGGUCACUGCCCAAAAUGAUAACCUGCUCCUAGAAAAUAGGAAGCUUCUGGAGCAGCUCAUGGAGCAAGAAAAAUUGAUCCAUGACAACAAAGGCACGAUAGCGUCUGUUCAGCACAGAGUACUUUUCCUGGAUAAAGAAAAUAAGCAAUUACAGGAAAACAGUCUCCAGCUCACAGAGCAGGUUGGCCUCUUAGAACGCAUUAUAAGAAGCGUCCAGAUUUGCAGAGGAGAGGAAACAAUACUGACUGGCAUCUCUGAAUAUGACCCAUUGAAUAAAAUCUUGCCCCUACCAAACUCCAGGUUAGUAAAGUCAAGACAAUCAUCUGUAUGACUGAGAGUCAUGGCUGACUAACCAGUUGUGAGUUGCUGGCUUGAGAAAGCAUCGCAUUUAGGGGUAACUUCCUCUAUAUGGUAUUUAAACCUUCCAGUUCCUUCUCUCCUCACCACCGCUUCACCCCCACACCUAAUAGAAUCCUGACUCACGGUAGAAGAUAAUCCAUAAACAUAAAUUAAAGGUAAUUUUAUUUGGCUGUCUUUGUGUUUGGCAAUUGUCAAAACUGAAAUCCUAUUGAAGCCUUAUCCCUGUUACCCCAAAAUGCUGUCAAGAGACCCCAUGCACCUAAAGUUCUCAUAGGUGGCCUUUCUUAGUUUUUCUGUAACAGGUUUGGUAGAGUCAGUUGGAAGUCUUUAAGAAACUAAAGAACACAAGUCAGAAGAAGCAGUGGCAAACCCCAAGUCCCUCGAGUCUUUUCUGUUCACAGAAUUCUGAAGGUGGAUACAUACAUACACUGUGGCUUCUCUGAAAAAAGAUAUAUCACAUCUAUGAACAAGUCCAAAAGUCAGAACUAUAAAAUCACUGAUGUCUAAAACUAGACUAAUCAAAGCUGCUCACUUAAAGCUUGGACAUGAAGGUGGAACAUGACAUGGAGAAGUUAUAAUAGAUUUCCUGCUGGACAUCAACCAGGAAUCUUCAAAAUUGCUGAUAAAUUCAUUAAACCAGUUCUAAAUAUGGAUUUUUCAAGUUCAUUUGAUAUUGAUCAAUAUAGUGACUUAAGCUGGUGCUUUAAUUAGGUUUCUAUUCAGCAGAACACAUA